CCUCGCCAGUUCCAUUCCAGAACACGUGCUCCUCUCUCUCCCUCUACACAAGUUUGAAGUCCCCGCUCCCAACGGCUCUCCUUGGGCGAGGGCCUCGCAACGGUUCUUCCCUCUGCGCAACAACUGCGACGGGAUUUCGUGUGUUCCAUCGCCGCGAUGCACUCGAUUGCGCUGCUGCUCGUGCCCUGCUCUGCCUUCGCUGCCUUUCUUAUCCUUGAAUUGUCUCCUUCCUCGGUCUUGCGAUCUGGAAACGGUUGACAUUGCUGUGUGUCGUGACUCGACGAGGCGGGAGGGUAUCAGCUUUCCCGGGACAAUUCGCGUUUGAAUGCGAUAUGGUUGCCAGAUUGAGGUGUCCGAUUAGAUCGUGGUAUUGCGGAAGGGUGGGGGGUGUGAUGACAUUUGACUCCCGCGUUGGAGUUGAGGUUGUGAGCAGAUUACGCGUUCAGAACCUCAGAUGACUACCCUGGGUUCUAGCAAGAACGAAUUCCUUCCUUACUGACUUUCAUGGCAAUAAGAAAAAGGCGUUCUCUUCCAGGGAGUGUGAUUUCAUGAUCAGGAGAACCUGCUGUGAAGAUAGCCAUGGCGAAAGGGACGUCCUCAUCCCGUCUUCUACUGGGUGACUCACUUCGCAAGAGUACCCAGGAGUCUGCUGAGGGACAUGAUACCAGUGUCGGUAUCGUGACGCCAACUCGAAAUGGCAAAAUGACGCCCACUCGAAAGGCCCUUACUCCCAUUGCCGAGAUUGUCAGUAACCCGCUGACAUCUGAUGAAUUAAGUUGUGAGGAUUCUACUCUGAGUAGAAAAACAGACGCAACUACUCCUAAGCAGCGGAAAAAGAGGCAGAACCUGUUCCCCGACUCAGAAAACAAUGUGGACUCAAUGGAGGUUUCGGUGACAGGAUCAUCCGGCAAGCACACAGGAAUGUCGCCGGGGAGAAGUAAGAGCAGCUUUGCAGGUUCCUCAAAGAAGUCCCCUAUCGUCGCUCGCCCAGUCCAAGAAAAUUGCCAGUCUGAUACUAUCACAGAGGAAAGUCUUACCCCUAGACGCCGUUUGGCUAACAUUGUCGAGAUCAUUCAACAAGGACCCUCCAGUAAGAAUUCCACGAAAGCAAGCUCCGAGCAGCUGACACCCAAGAGCUUCCGGAGUGGUAGUAGGAAAGGUAUGAGUGAGACAGAGGUUGGGACGUCCUCUCGAUGCAGUUCUGGUCAGUUGGCCAAUGGCACACCUUCCAGUUCCAGGACAGCCAGGUCUUUGAAAUACGGUGCGAGCGGAGCAGUUCAGUCUUUAAGCGCCGGGGUCCCGCACAAUCGAGCGAGUGUAACGAGUACCCUGAAUCGGCAGCUGUCCAUGCCGCAAUUGAGUCACCAGGUUUCAGGGCAGCAUUUUGAUCUCGUGGAGGACCCUCAUUUCUGGGGCGAUCACAAUGUUCAGGUACUAAUAAGAACUCGUCCAAUCAACAAAGCUGAAAUGGCAAGCCAAGGAUUCAUGAGGUGUCUCAGACAAGACAGUCCACAGACUAUCACUUGGCUUGGUCAACCAGAGUCACGCUUCACCUUUGACCACGUGGCUGGAGACAUCGUCACUCAGGAGAAAAUGUUCAAAGUUGCGGGUUUGCCCAUGGUGGAGAACUGUAUGUCCGGUUACAACAGCUGCAUGUUUGCCUACGGCCAGACUGGAAGCGGGAAAACGCACACAAUGUUAGGAGAUAUCGAGAAUAUUGACCUGCUACCGAGUGAGAACAGGGGAAUGACUCCCCGUGUUUUUGAGUAUCUGUUUGAGAGGAUUCGGAAGGAAGAGGAAAUGCGCAAGGAUGAGAAUCUCAUGUUUAUGUGUAGGUGUUCAUUUCUUGAAAUAUAUAAUGAGCAAAUUACUGAUUUGCUAGAGCCGACCUCGACCAACCUUCAUAUGCGAGAAGACAACAGGACUGGGGUCUAUGUUGAGAACCUCUCUGAGGUCGAGGUUCAUAAUGUUCAAGAUGUCAUCCGGCUUCUGAUCCAGGGUGCUUCGAAUAGAAGAGUUGCGGCGACCAACAUGAACAGAGAGAGCAGUCGCUCUCACAGCGUGUUUACGUGUAUUGUUGAAAGUAAGUGGGAGCGUGAUUCGAUGACUAAUAUCCGAUUUGGUCGGCUUAACUUGAUCGAUUUAGCAGGGUCUGAAAGGCAGAAGUCUUCAGGUGCAGAGGGUGAACGCUUGAAAGAAGCUGCUAACAUUAACAAGUCGCUCUCAACACUUGGGCUCGUCAUCAUGAUCUUAGUUGACGUCGCCAAUGGGAAGCAGCGACAUGUUCCCUAUCGGGAUUCCAAGCUUACGUUUCUGCUGCAGGAUUCUCUGGGAGGCAAUUCGAAGACAACUAUUAUCGCGACUGUGAGCCCUUCUGGCUGUAAUUCCAUGGAAACCUUGAGCACACUGAAGUUUGCACAACGAGCCAAGUUAAUCCGUAAUACUGCUGUUGUUAAUGAGGAUGCUUCAGGAGAUGUAAAAGCUUUACGACUUCAAUUACAACUUAUGAAGGAGGAAUUAGAUCGGAUCCGCCGGCAAAGUAUUUCGAGCAUUCCUUCAGCCCUGUUACCAGUUGAUAGGUCAUGGGAUGCUGCAAGAGCACUUGGAAGCCCAACGGGUACCAAUCAACAGUUGAAAGCGAUGGAAUCAAUUGUGGCCGGAGCACUGCGGAGGGAGAAAGCUGCUGAAGAGGUCACAAAAUUUCGAGCUUCUGAGAUUGAGCAUCUCCAUCGUAUGGUUCAGCAAUACAAAGAAGACUCACAAAGUGGCAAGAUGAUUUUAAGAUUAAGAGGAGACAAAAUCAGACGACUGGAGGCUCUCUCUCAAGGUCUGCUGGAUGUCGACACUCACCUUGCAGAGGAGAAGAACAUGCUGUGCGAAGAAAUUAAGUUAUUAAGAAGUCAAAUGGGUUGCGAUCCUGAGCUCUCGCGUUUUGCCAUGGAAAACAUUCGCCUCUUGGAUCAGUUAAAGAGUGUUAAGGAAUUCCAGGAAGGAAAAGAACAAGUCAUGGCGCAAGAAAUUUCAAAUUUACGUGACAAGUUAUUAGAGGUCCUAGAGGGGAAGAUUGCCCAAGAUCAAGUACGUGGCUCACUCUCAACAUCCCAGGAACGCGUUUCUGCAGUCGAACUUGCCGCCAAAGAUCGUGAGAUUGAGCUUUUACGUACUGAGGCGAAUAAUUACCGAGUAGAGUUGGAACAUUAUCGAAGCGAAUUGAAUUCCGUGCUAGAGUCCAAUGCUGCAAUGGAAAGUCAAGCGAACGAACUUCAAGCACUUAUCAAGCAGCUUAGAGGGAAUGAGGGUGCACGAAACCAAUUCCAAAACGAAGAUAAAAUCAAGUUGUUGGAGACGCAACAACUAAAGCAUCUACAAGAUAUCAUGGAGCUCAAAACCCAACUUGAGCAGAUGGAAUCUAAAGCGGAUUCAGAACGCAAAAGGAAUGAACAUCUUGAAGCACAGCUACAGAAAAGUCUCAAAGAAGCUCAUAAUUUCCACAAUCUGCAGGAACCACCUUAUAAUGCUCACGCAUUGGAGAGGCGCAGCUGUACGGAGAUGGAGAAAGCCACUACUCAGCUUAGCCAACGACUCACUGAACAUGAGUCAAUGUCCGUGCUAUGGUUGCAGAAGGAGUCCAAGCUAAGAGCUGAACUUGAGGAGGCUCAAUCUGCUAUGAACUCAAUUCUGGAGGGACAAGUGAAUGAGCCCGAGGAACUUCUUCGUUCUCAACAAGAAACCAGGUGCCUUCAGAUGAAGCUUAUCUCUUCAGAAGCUUCCAGGAAUGAGGAACAUACACUUCGGAAGCAGCUGGAGCAGACGAUAAAUGACAUGACAGCAGAACAUAGUAGACAGAUCGAUGAAGCAGUCAGCAAACUCUCCGAGCAGAACUUGAUCGUUGAGGCCCUGGAGAAUCAACAAGUUUUGUCUAUCAACGAGAUCGAGAAGCUUCACAAAAACCAUGAAAAGCUUCUCAUUAAGCUGAAAAGGAGAGACGAAAAGCAACGCUUGCUGAAAAGGAAAAUUAGUCAGCUGACUUGGGAGCUGACUAAGGAGCAAGAGCUUCGGGAUGUACAAAGAGAAAUGGAAGAGGGAUUAAUGCUCAACGAAGAGGAAAUGGCGGUGCUGGAAACCAAGCUUGAGAAUGCCAGGAAGGAGCUUGAUAUGGCCCGAGAGUUGAAUGCAACGUUCCAGGUUGAGCAAGAGCUUCAGAAAAUUAAGCAACGAGAUAUAGAUUGUUCGAGAUCCGAAGCAGAGACAGAGACUACUCUCGCAAUUUCUACGAUGCACAACGAGCUCAUGUCUAUGGAAGAUGAGUUAGUUAAUGCGUUACAGAGAGAAACAGCAGCACAAGAACAUCUGAAUGUUCUCAGAGAGGAGCUGGCAGAUGCGCUUAGAAUGGUGGAUGAAAUGCGGAAUGAAAACAUUCUGUUCAACAGGAAGUAUGAGACAAUGAUGACAGAGAAAGACGCCGAGUUAAUGUCUCUGCGAAAGGGCUUGAAUGUGGCUUCAGAAAAGUUGAUUGAUUCCGCUCAAACAGAUCAGUACGUCACUGAGUUAAGCUUGUUGGCUCCGGAUAACACACACAUGUUACCACGAGAAUCACUGAAUGCUGGAAAGGCUAGUAUGCUGCUCACUGAUGAGAAGGUUUUAACUCAAAUCCGGCUUUCCGAAUGCGAGGCAGAGUUGCUUGCUAUGCGGGAUGAUUUAACCCGUGCUGAAAUGAAUCUACAUCAAGCAAAAGUCCGGAACCUGGAGCUUAUCCAAGCACAAGAAGCACUUGAAGUCGCAAACCAAAAAUAUGAUGUGGAGAAAGCCACACUUGUGGGUACUCUGCGUGAACUUGAGCGGCAGUAUACUGAUUCUCAGAACGCUUUGUCUAGUCUGCAGAUUCAGGUUGAAUGCGCUAAAUGCCGCGAGGCGGCCCUCUUGGUGGAGUUAGAAGAACUCCGACUUUCAAAAGCGAGCUGGGAUGCACAAACGGAACAAUUAAAGGACGAUCUCGUAGAUAUGUGUGUCAAGCUGGAACAUGCCGAAGUUAUGAAGCAUGACACUUUCGAGUCUAAGGAGUCGCGAACCAGGCACAACACCCUAGAGUACGAAGAAGAUAAAAUGGCAGCUCUGAUAACGGAGAUUGAAAGCUUGCGCUAUUCCAACCGAAAUUUGGAACUUGAGAAGAACGAAGCUACUUAUGUAUCAGUGAAGCUUGCUAGUUCAUUAAAGGAGAAGGAAAAAGCCCUACAGGAGACUAACGAUGCCCUUGCGCAGCUCAAAUUGGAACUGCAGGAAGCAGUAGAGGCUAAUGAUUCUCACCAACAACAUAGCAGCGGUUGCAUGUCUGAGAGGGGAGAGUUACUUGCGAAAUGUGCGUCGUUGGAGAAAUGUCUGGACGUCACCUCUCCAAACAUUCGCCGGUCGGAAGAGAGAGCCAAUUCCCUGGAUUUGCUUGUCCAAGAGAUGUAUGUCGCAGAAGAGAGGUCGAGCUUGGAAAUAGCCAAUCUGAACGCUGAGGUUGAAGGAAUGAAGAAUCGUCUGGCUGACAAAGAGGCUGAGUGCGAAGGUUUAAGGGAUGAAAAUGAUCGCCUUCAUGCUGCUCUUCUCUCAGCGCAGAGGGAAGGAUCUUCCGCUAUCUGUGACCUCAUAGCAUUGAAGCAGAAAACCAGGUCAGAAGCUCACGAAAGUUAUCUGCCAGAACAUGAGGAACGUUCAAACUCGAAAGCGUUACUUUCAAGACAAAGGGAAGUGGAGGUGUAUGAGGAUGAGAUUACCAAGCUCAUGACGAUGUUGAAUCAAACAGAAGAACGGUCGAUUAUGUUAGAGUCCAAGUGGAGAAGAGAAAAAGAAACACUGGUAGCAGAGCGGGACAUCGCGAGACUGGAUGCGAACCAAAAGGGAAGCGAAGCUGCAACCUUGGCCAGGAACUUUGAAGUGAACCGUGUAACAUUGAGAGAGGCUGAAAUGAUGGUUGAUGCACUAGUUCACGCGAAGGACAGAGCCAAGAGUGAUGCAGAAGGAUGGAAACUAGAAUACGAGAGGCUACUUAUAUCUCAGGAAGUUGCCGUUAAGAAUUUUUAUGCGGAGACCCUGGAAGUACUAGAUCUUACGAAACAACAGGUUGAAAAUACUAAAAGCCACUGCGAGAAAGAAAUUGAAGCAUUGGCGGAUAAUGUAAAGCAAGUGAAAAGCGAAAUAAUGGAUGAACUCCGCACAUGUUUUGCUGCUCUAAAAGAUGACGUCGGGGCCGAAAUCAAACUCAGUAUUGACUGUUACGCAGAUGCUGUAGAGAAGGCAGAAAUGAAAAAUUCUUUUCUGACCGAAAAGCCACGGGUUGCUGAGAAACUCCAGCAAAAUCAUGAUGGAGAGGUUACUGAAUCACUGCUAGAAUUGAGCCUCCAAGCUAUUCGUCAGUCUCUAGCAGAAGUAUCUGCGCUGAAGUGGAACCAGACAGAUGUUUGUGAUGUCAAUGAAUUUGAUCUUGAAAUCAGUCAGGUGGUGCUGAACUCAGCGCAGGUAGCAGUUUCCAAACUUCAGGCUUCUGUAGCUGGUAAUGAUGCCGAUCUCUUGGAUUUACACUCCAAGCUUGAUGAAUGCCACGGUCAUACAGGAGAUAUUGAGAGAAAUCAUCAGAAUUCUGUGUCAGAGUUAGAGUCUGAACUUGCCAUAAAAGUUCAUGAACUAGAUUUGAUGAGAAAAGAAAUCUACGCAUUGAACAUAGCGACUGCAAACGCUGAAGUAGAAAACAUGGUAAUGAGGGAUCAGAUAGAGGAGUUGAAGACCAAAGCAGCCGCAUUAGAAGCAGAGUUGAAGGUGAAGGAAGCCGCCUUGAAAGCUCUAGAGCAGGAGCUUCUUCUUUCUGAAAGCAAACGAGAUAGCAUGCUUCAGGAAGCUGAAAACAAUUUGAAGGAGGUUGAAAUCGAGAGAGAUUCUUUAUGGUCAGAUUUGUUGGCAUUGAAUAAGGAACUGGAGCUGGCCCAAAAUGCUGAUAAAGAUGCUGAGCUUGAACAAUGCAAGGCAAGAAUAUCCAACCUGAUGGCAGCUGCUGAGGGACAAGCCACUGCAUACCAUCAUAAGCUCAAAGAACUAACAUCCAUGGUGGAACAAGUAAAAGUGGAAGACCGAAGGUUUAGUUGCGGAUCACCCUCAACUCCCCAAACAAGGGAGAAGUCAAAAUCCCCUUUCAAAGGCUCCGGAUCUCCAUUUAGCUGCAUGGGGAAGGGUAUGGUGCAUCAAAGGACAGCAGAGCUAAAUGCUGAGCGCUCUGCCCAAGAGCGCCUCAUUCAGGAGCUCGAGAUCCUUGCUGCAUCCCGGCAAAGAGAGAUAUUUAUGUUGAACGCGAGGCUUGCCGAGGCUGAGAGCCAGACGCAUGACGUCAUUCGGGAGUUACUUGGAGUGAAGUUGGAGAUCUCUAAUUUCACUGAAUCUCAACAACAUUCGCAGCGGCUGGCAGAAGAUACCCGUCGCCGAAGCGUGACCCCUGAAAAGUCGGAAAGAAAUUUGGCCCAAGUUUCAGAGAUAGAAGAACUGAAGGUGCAGCUUAACGAGCUUAUUGAGGAGAGAGAAAGUUGGCUUGAGGAUCUGAAUAGAAGACAUGCAGAGAUCGUUGCCUCCAGAAUUUCUGCUGACAAAAUGCGACAGCGUGAUCAAGAACUUUCGGCUGAAAAUGACAAGCUGAAGUUGGAGAAUACUGGAUAUGCUCAAAGAGUAACAGAGCUGGAAAAAGAUAUUAAGAAGCUAUCUGGCCAGCAGAACCUCCAGCAACGGAUUCAUCAUCACGCCAAAAUUAAGGAAGAGAACACCACUCUACGUCGCAAAACUGAAGAUUUAAGUUCUAAAUUAAGGCGAACAGAGAUCUUGUUUGCUCGUGUCAAUGAUGAGCUUGCUAAAUAUCGUACAGCCGAAGGAAAGACUCCCUUUUUGAAUGUUGACGAGGAGCAAUGUCUCAGGAGCAAACUCCAGGAAGCGGAGGAUGCUAAGAUACAAAUGGCACAAAAGAUAAUAACGUUGUACUCUAGCAUAAUGAAGGCAGCCGGUCUCACUCCAAAUGGCGAAGAGGUUGAUUACUCAUCCGUUAAUUCUGCCUUGGAAAAAAUGAAGGAACGCAUUCAGUCUUUAGAACAAGAGCUAGCCGACGUUAAAUUCAAGUCUAAGAUGAACGGAGAAAAGAGAAGGCUCAGCGAUCUCCGUGCAGCUCAUUCACCAUUCAAAGCUGCCUUUUCAGGGCCUCAAAACUUAUUUUGUGCAACUCCUAGGUGACUAAAGUAGAUGGCCGAUUUAUUAGAUGAUUAACUGAGUAGAGCAUUCGCCAACACAUCCAGCUACACCCUUUGAGCAGGGUGACUACCAUUACACUGUAAAUUUUUCUUGUAGCAUACGUGGCAUCCACGCUGUAUGAAGUAUGAAGUGAUUCACGCAGUUUAUUUUAAAUCUAGUAGUAAUCUAAGGACUAUAUGUAUCAUGACAACCUCCGUGAAAAUAUUUCUAUCAGUGAAAUUCGUAUCUAAUUUCCUUAACGUUGAAA